AUGAUGUUUCCUUUGCUUUUUACAUCAGCUGUACUACAACUUCCAUUUCUUGUCAGUUCCCUCAGUGAAGAGGAAUGCUUACUCAAAAAGAAGGAGACUGCAUAUAUGAGUGGAGAUGUGUCCAUUAUUGGGUUUUUCCCCCUCUCCUAUGUAACAGCACAACGUCGUCCUCCCGAAGUAGAGAGGUCUACUGAGGAGGUGAGAUACUUCCUGUGCCCUCUCUACAGCUAUAACUUCAACAACUACCAGUUUAUUCUAGCUUUGGCUUUUGCUGUUGAAGAGAUCAACAAAAAUCCUCAUCUUUUGCCUAACAUCACUAUGGGAUUUUCUGCCCAUUCACAUGGAAUAAGAUACUAUAUGCUGUAUAGAGGUCUUGUCUUAAGCCUCUCUGGGAAAGAUUUUAUCCUGAAUUAUGACUGCAAGAGAGAAAGUCAGACUGUAGUAACACUGACUAGACCAGCAGGCCAAAUCUCUUCCCAGUAUGCAACAGUGUUGGACCUCUACAGAUUCCCACAGCUGAAUUUUGGGCGUUUUGAUCCUGUCCUGAGUGACCAUCGCCUGUUCCCUUCUGUCUAUCAGAUAGCCCCCAAGGACACAUCUCUAGCUUUUGCCAUGGUUUCCUUGAUGGUUCAUUUCAGCUGGAAGUGGGUGGGUCUGUUGAUCUCAGAAGAUGAGAAUGGUUUGUGGAUGCUGCCCCAGUUGAGACAAGAGAUGAACAACUACAAAAUCUGUACAGCUUUUGAACACAUACUACCACUUUCUUUCUUUCGUGAAAGAACUGAUUAUGUAUCUUUUCAUCAGAAAAUUAGAAAUUCAUUCACUAAUGUGGUUGUCAUUUACGGUGACAAUGAAUUCAUGUUCAAUUUGUUAAACACUUAUUUCACAAGAUCUUUAAGUCUAGGAUUCGUCUGGGUCAUAAACUCCCUUAGUACAUUUCUGUCUGUGAUGAAAUAUUUUUUGUUACAUUCACUCCAUGCACCUCUCAUUUUUUCACAUCACCAUGGAGAGAUUUCUGGUUUCAACAAUUUUAUCAAAACUGCUAAUCCAUCCAAAUACCCAAAAGACUAUUUCCUUGCUUUGUUGUGGAUUCGCUCUUUUAAUUGCACAUUUUCUGAGUCUAGCUGUGUCACUUGGAAGAACUGUCCAGCCAAUGCGUCCUUGGAAUGGUUGCCUAGGUACCUUUUUGACAUGGGCAUGAUGGAAGAGAGUUACUAUAUAUAUAAUGCUGUGUAUGCUGUGGCUCAUGCCCUUCAUGAGAUGCUUAUUGGUCAAGCAGAAGCACAGCCAGUGGGAAAUGGAAGAAAACUUCAGUUUUCCCCUUCUCAGCUCCACCCCUUUCUGAAGAACAUCCAUUUCAACAAUCCUGCUGGUGACCAAGUGAUUUUGGAUGAGACAAAGAAAAUGGUGGCAGAGUAUGACAUUGUGAACCUUUGCAAUUUUCCAGAAGGUCUUAGGCAAGUGAUGAAAGUGGGAAAUUUUUCUCCAUAUGCACCACAUGGGCAUCAAUUAUCUCUAUCCAAUGAUAACAUAGAAUGGCCCAUCUCAUUUACGGAGAGUCCGCAGUCUGUCUGCAGUGAGAGUUGUGGUCCUGGAUUCAGAAAAUCCCCUCAGGAGGGAAAGUCUGUCUGUUGCUUUGAUUGUAUCCCUUGCCCUGAGAAUGAGAUUUCUAAUGGUACAGAUUUGGAACAGUGUGUGAGGUGCCCAGAUCAUCAGUAUGCCAACACAGAGAAAAACCUCUGCCUGCUGAAAUCUGAGAGCUUCCUGGACUCUAGGGACCCUCUGGGGAUGACUCUAGUCUGCUUAGCUCUCUGCCUCUCUGCUCUUACCACUGCUGUUAUUGGGAUUUUUACAAAGCACAACAACACUCCCAUUGUCAAGGCCAACAACAGGGCUCUCAGCUACAUCUUGCUCAUCUCCCUCAACUGCUGCUUUCUUUGCUCCUUGCUCUUCAUUGGACAUCCCAACACAGCCACGUGUGUCCUCCAGCAGACCACAUUUGGAGUUGUGUUCACUGUGGCUGUUUCCACUGUCUUGGCCAAAACCGUUACUGUGGUUCUGGCCUUCUCUGUCACUUCUUCAGGGAGAAGGAUGCGGUGGUUGCUGGUGUCAGGAAUGCCUAACUUCAUCAUUCCCAUCUGCACGCUGAUCCAGCUCAUUCUGUCUGGAAUCUGGUUGGGCACUUCUCCUCCAUUUGUUGAUACCGAUGCACACUCAGAACAUGGCCACAUUAUCAUCCUGUGCAACAAAGGCUCAGCCACUGCCUUCUAUUGUGUCCUGGGAUACCUGGGCUCCCUGGCCCUGGCAAGCUUCACUGUGGCUUUCUUGGCCAGAAACCUGCCUGACACCUUCAAUGAGGCCAAGUUCCUGACCUUCAGUAUGUUGGUGUUCUGUAGUGUGUGGGUCACCUUCCUGCCUGUCUACCACAGCACCAAGGGGAAAACCAUGGUGGCCGUGGAGGUUUUCUCCAUCUUAGCUUCCAGUGCUGGCCUGUUAGGCUGCAUCUUUGUCCCUAAGUGCUACAUCAUGUUGUUGAGGCCAGAUAGAAAUUCUCUGCAUGGUAUACGGGGCAAAACACAUGCUGAGAGAAAUAAUGCAUUUUAA